CCCCCCCCCCUCCCAAACUCUUAUUGUAACGCUCUUUAGCUACUAUAGAUCUUCUCUCUUAAUCUAGGGUGUGCUUUCCUAACACCUGUUACCUAGCCCAUCCCUCUUGCUUCCUCCACCUUUUCUUUUCCUCUUUACCAUCUCGCGGGUCGGAUAUUACGAAUUUUCUUUACGAGAGCUUCCACAAAUUCUGUUUCUUUGAAACACUUAAGAUCUACAACUCUGUCGGACUGCUGCUUCUUAAUCAACCGGCAUACACGCUCAUCAUCAUCACUCCGACCAUCUCAAACAUUGACAUUUAUCCUUUCUGGCUUGAAGUCUAUCUGCUUUUUCUUUUGAGAGGAUUUUAUUCCGAGAAUAUUUCUACACCGAUCAUCCUCUUGGCUACUUCAACCAUUCCACGACCCAGCUGAAGACAGCCAUUACUCGGACAAUCUCCUGUCUGCUUCCGAACAUAGCAUAACAGUCACUGAGAACCCUGUUAGAUGAACACUCAACGAAUCCUUUAACCUCUGGGCGCUUCAUAACCUACUCGCUUUUGAUAAUCAGCAUUUAUUAGUGACCAUCAAUCAGCUGAAGGUCAUAAGGGCCAGUGGCAACAUCACAUCCCUCCUUCUCACUAAUUGGGAUUGCAUCGUAGAAUCGCCAUUAAUCCUCCUCUACACACGUCCUACAAUAAUGUCCACAAGAUUAUUCCCCGGCUCAUUAGUUCGGGCUAUCCUCAACCAUGAUCUCAGCUAUUCAAACCAGGUAACCCUGCAGCCCGCUCUCCACAAUCGAGCCUUUGCCCGCAACCUGCAUUCUCGUCACCACCAACAUCAUCGGCAUGGUCGUCGAACUGAGGGCCAGCCCAGACUAGUGCUUGCCUCUGGCUUGGGCCUCACCCUGAUCGGCGCUGCUGGCUCGUUCGACUCGGAUCAACAGCGGAAUUUUUGCGACACCAACUUUGAUACCAUCCGCCCUCUUCACAGCCGUCAGCCGUCCUCCAGGUCAACCCUGCCUUCCUUUACUUCCUCCCCUGCUUUGGAUCAGAACGGUAGUACCACUGCCGAGAUCUUUAAAAGUUUGGAUGAUGUUGAUGAUGAUGAGACUUCCGACUCGGCUGGAGCGGGCAACCGCGAGCUGCCCGGCUCAUAUGGCUCCUCGGUAUCUGCCAAAUUUACUCGUCGUCCCAUUCCUUCGACUUCUGGCUCUGGACGUGGCAUUGCCCCUCAGCUGAAGAAGGCUCGCUCCAACCAUUCCAUCAGGCAUCGCGCCAAUCAAUCCACCAAUCGCCGCCCUCCUCUCCCGGCUCCUCUUCCACCUCCGGCGAAUCUCUUCUCAUCCAUCUCCUCUGCAUCCUCCUCAUCCUCCUCAUCCUCCUCCUCGUGCUCUUCUCUAGCAAACGAGGUAGCUACAUCCAUUUCCCCUCAAUACCCUCCGUCGAGUCGAUCUACUAGCUUUUCGACUCCUUUAAGGAGUUCUCAAUCGCUUCAUUUUACCAAACAGAUAACUGGAUACCAGUCUCGUCAUCCUACUCACCAUCACUUCAGCAAUCCUCAGUCUCGCUCACUCACCCCACUCACCUCACCAAACUUGGACAACUGCUCAUCUUAUCAACAGGCCCCUCUCGCCAGCUUCUCCUCUGACCAGCCUGAUUUUCAUGAUUAUCAUCCAUGCCCUCCUGAGCUGGUCCCCUUCCCUUCCCAGAAUCCCGUUACCUUGCCCCCCACCAAGUUCUCGAAUUUUGUAAAGUCAAAGAUUCAAAAAACCGCCCGCCGUUCGGUUUCUCAAUCCUGGUCUUCCUCCCUCUUAUCUUCAAACAAGCACCCCUCUAGUACUCCUGCCGUGUGCUCGAGCUCAGUGCCAUCCUCCCAGACUGAGUCUGCGGAAUUGGAUCAAUCAUCCGAAAUUGCUAGCUGUUAUCGUUCUGUUCGCUAUAGCGCCACUUGUGAAAACUUUCAGAAUUUUACCUCUCCCUCCCUCAGCAUGUCAGGUGCUGAUCACGAGAUCGAAUCACUUCUCGAUCAACGUGUUGUGCCUGGUGAUCCCGCUCUUCCCUUGCGCUCCUCGUCUUCCCAGCCAUUUAUGGCUGAACAGUAUCGCAAGACAAGCCUCAGCGGUACUCGAAGUACAAGUGUGAUGGGUAAACGGCCGACGCAUGUGAUGCCUCGGCGUGCAGGUUUAUCCACAUCGGCAUUAGGCAUCGUCCCAACUACCACCGUUUCAUCACACGGAGAAUCCGCCAGCAAAUCCAUUAGUUUGACUGGCGGCAAUUCACCUCCUCUCAAGUCGGUGCGAACUCAGCUCAGUCGGCUCGCUCAGCUGCUAGCUCCUUCUCCCGCUAUCAAAUAUCCCCCCGUAACCUCUUCCAAGGCUAAAAUUUCAUUAUCACCGUCAGACGAUAAGCCCCGGUCUUCAACUGCUCUGUGGUCGCCAGCCCCCUCCGAAUUGCCCUCGCGCCAACUGUCAUCUACCGCCCUUGGUGCACCACAGAUAAUUCGCUCUUGUCAGAAAUCCAACGCGCUACCCAUGGCUAUUAUCAACUGGAGGACUACGCUCUCCGAUCGCGAAUAUCGACACAUCUUCGAGACAUGGGGCCCAACUGAGAUUCAUAGACAACAGUUGAUUUGGGAGCUUUGUCAGACCGAAACCGCCUUUCUUGACAGCAUUGCUGUGGUAUUGGAUCUCUUCAUCAGCCCGUUGAGGGAAGAAGGACAGUAUGGAACUUGGGUGGUUGGCGUCCCCGAACCGGUCCAAAAACUGUUUGGUGACCUGGAUCAGAUUGCGAACUUCCACUCGGAGAUUGUCAUGGGAAUGAGUUACAACCGGAUGUGUGAAAAGAAGCUUAACAAAGCCCCAGUGGUCAUGAAGUUUGCGGACAUGAUGGCCGGCUUCGUGCCCCGACUCAGGAUAUACGAGCGCUACUUGGUCUGCUUCGAGCGUGUCUCUCAAUUAAUAGAUCGUCUGGCACUCGAUCCAGCCGAUCACUUUGGUUCGUUCGUUAGGAUGCAAAGUCAUGCUGCCGGCUUCGGUGCCAUGACUUUGACAAGCUAUCUGCUCAAGCCCAUCCAGCGUUUGAUGAAAUAUCCUUUGUUUUUCCGACAACUAUGUGAGACCACACCCCUAGGUCAUCCCGAUCAUCAGUCUACUUCCAACCUAUGGAAGGCAACAGAUGGGAUCAUCCGAUCAAUGCAGGAUGUUAAAGGCCUCGAAGAUGACCACGAGGCACUUAAAGGAUUAGAAGAACAAUUGUUGGGCUUACCUGAUGGGUUAGUUCUUGCCAACCGGAGGAGGAAGAUUGUGAUCCGAGGUACACUUCAGAUGGUCUUUCCAUCUCAUAAAGACAUCCUCAAGUUAUCAAUCGCUCCUCCCGAUCCAGAAAGUGAGACAUUCGGUGAAAUGGCCCCGACACGCAGAAGGAUGUCGAGUUCUUCUCAUCUUCCCAGUCUCGGAUUGCACGGCGAUUUCAACAGCAAACUCUUUGCGAACGGGCUUAGCAGGCCACUCUCGCCGGUUUCCGAUUCCAGCGAGACGAGCGAAACGACCCACUCUCAGUCCAGUUUCCGAUCGAUGAAUACCGACACAACUUUUGAUGCGACGAGUUCCCCUCAGCCUCUGGCCUCAGAAAUAUGCCACCAACCCAGGUCAACCUCUGGAUGCAGCUCCCAGAGUGCGCCUCGAUUCGACCCCCCCGGAGGCCCUGAUCUCAACCCAAUCAAGCUCAAACCACCUCGCUCAUUGCAGUCCAAGCGGAGUAGCCACAAGCUCAGGAAGGGGCGUGCAAUUCCAAGCGAGGCCGUCGAGGUGAUCCUUCUGUCUGACAUGCUCAUCCUAUGCAUGCGCGAAGCCCCUCCCAAGAAGAACUGGAGGACCAGCUCGCGCAAACCCGAAGAUCUCAAUCGCUUCCGGGUCCUCGAGGGUAUUGGGUUAAGCAGGCUGACCUGCGUUGAGGACUUGGGAGGCCAGUUGGAUGACUUUGAUGAGCUGGUCAAGGUAAACCUAAAGCCACUUGGUGGAAUUCCACGAUCAGAGAUAAACAAAAGGAUAUCUCCAAGUGCAGCAAAGGAAGAGAUGAGUCGAGCUCAUGAGCACUCGGUCUAUCUGAGUAGCUUUUCGGUCUCCCACUCAUCACCCAUCGUCUGGGGCACCACCGGCUCGUCGGGCUCGAACAAUCUAGUGGGCGAAAAGGACUGGAAGAAUUGGCUCAAAGAGCUUAGGAAACUCGAAGUACUCACUCAUCAUUCAUUCCAGCGUCAGCUCAAACACUUGGAGCAGAAAAGGAGGAGGUCGCACACAGGCAGAGUCGACCUUGCUAUUAAAAAAGCUAGUUCAAUGAGUAACUUGGGAUAGAUAGAAAGUUUCUCGUUUUCUUCUUCUUCUGAUUCUCUUCCCCUCUAUUCUUCUUGUCUUUGUCAAUGUAAUCCCCACCUUUUUUUUUGUUUGGUUUCUUUCUUGAUCAUCGGUUGAUCAUUGUUUUCUCGAGUUCAAAUUCGUCGGGCUUGAUCUUCAUUCAUCUGUACCGUUUGAGAAGACCAUGUUUGUAUCUUAAUGUUAUUCCCUAGUCUAAGCGUCUGGUUCAAGUUAUCCUUUUUCUUUUUUUUUAUUCGAGAGACCUAUAGUUGAACCGUUCCUCUUUCAUUCUUAUUUAUCAUAUAAUUUAUCCUAUCUAUCAUUCUUUCUUCCUUUCCUACAUCACAUGUUUAAAGAAUCAUUGAUCCUAUCUUUUUCUCUUUGCUUGUGUACUUUAUUCUUCCAUUUCCUGUCAAUUUCUAUUUUCAAGGGAUUUUUUUUUCCCGCUUGGACCGGUACAUCAUCG